UGUACUAACAGAUGGACCGAACUGGCCUGGUCCCCUUUAUCUAGAAAAGGUUUACCUGUUGCAUGACCCCUAAAAGCUAAAAGUCCCUAAUGUCUAAAGUCCCUAAAGGCCCCAGACCAACUGCUAUUCCAAUUCGCCUCCGCAAUUUCGACGCGAGUAACACUUAUACAACUGUACAACACCCCGAGCUGCGGUGUCUCGUCUAGCAUCAUCGCAUCGCAGCCCUAUUAGAUCGAAUCGGGGGAUAACGAGUAAAUACCUAACGUAAUUGGAAAAUAAUCGAUACUUUUAUUAGAAACUAAUUUAAUUAAGACGAGAAUAAGGGGAAGAAAAAAAAGAAAGGGACGAAAAAUACAAUAAACAAAGAAAGAGGAGGGAAGAAGAAAAGGAAAAGAAAUAAUUAGAGACUGGAAAAAAGGAAGAAGAAGAAGAAAAAAAAAAGCCUUGCGACGUGACGACGUCAGCAAUAACAAGAACAAGCAUCAUCAACCAUGUCGACAACAACACCUCGAAGCCGAAGCCCACUGACACCGGUCAGCACGCGCAGUUCAUCAUCUUCGGAUCACGUAGCGAUACAAAUACACAGCUGCCCUUGCGAAAAAUGCGAAAUUCACCACACCAGCUAUAAUAAUUCCAACGGCAGCACCAGCACCAGCAGUAGUCACAACAUCAAUAAGGCUAGCGAGAGCAAUACGACGCGCUUCGAUGUUCCCUUAAUCGCUAUCCCGCGACUCUUCACGGCAUUGCUAGGCCUAGUGACGGUAAUCCGAGUACAUACGGCUAUCGACGCCGGGUGGUGGCCGUGGGAGAAUAAAGUGUUAUUCUCGCUAUGCUGGUUGGCGCUAUUUUGGAAUCUAGCACACGGCUUAUGCAGUAUUCUAGGAUACGCGUACUGGCCGUCGCCACGGCGCACCGUCGGCUUACCCCCGGUCACCCUCGCCGUUAACGGGAGGACUAUAGUAUCCUUCGGCGGCCCUGAUGAGGAUGAGGGCAUCCGAAGGCGUCGCGCUAAGAGGUUGCAAUUUACUAUAGUUGAUAUUCUACUCGCCGGGCCAACGCUCGGCUUUCUAAUAUACUCGGCGCAUAUCAUGUAUCCUUGGUGGGGAUCUAGGUACGUCGGCUUAUGGCCGCCGACGAUAGGGUUGAUUGCUUCCCUCGUUUCUUCCCAGUUCCUCACCGCGUUUCUCCAGCUGUUCCAAUUCUUCGAGGCUAAGGUUGUCGGCGUGCAAUUGACGAUGCAAGACAUAUAUGAGAAGGACGACUCCGCGGGCCGAUUGCAAUUAUAGGGCGGGCGGGCAGGCGAAACAUGUGUCUACUAUUAUUUUCUUUCCAAAGCAGAGCGGAGCAAAGCAAGGCAAGGCGAAGCACAACAAAAAUACGAUCGUUUUUUGUAAUAAACAUUUAGGAGCGGCAUAGGGUGUUCCGAAAGAUACCAAGCAAAGCAAAGCAAAGCAAAGGGCGGCAUUGCGCAUAUACUCUACCACAUAGUCAGUUGGCAUGGGCCUUGAUUUGGCAUGGGCCUUGAUGAUACCACAAAGGAGAUAGAAAUAUAUCAUCUCUCUCAUUCACCGCAUUGUCGGCUUACAAUCUCCUUUUGACAGCACGAAGCUUCUCUGUUAACGAGCACCUG